AUGAGUCCAAGAAAAUGUAAAAUCACCCAAAUUAACGACCCAGAUACAACCGAGCAGCAGGAGUUGCCUCCGAUAAUGUUCAACUCGGAUUUAGAGUUGCCUCCCCAAACAGGAAUUACAAAAAAAGAUUCCCCUUUGCCAUUUUCCCGCCUAACCCAAGAGGUCAAGAUUAGCCCGUCAAAAGCCAGAGCUCAAACUCCAAUCUUUUCUCGCCCAUCAUAA